AUGCCACCGAAGAAAGAUAAAAGCAAGAACUCCGUCAAAAAGCCGAAAAAGGUCGAGAACUUAACACCAAAAGAAGCUAUUCUUGAUUACCAAAUAGGUAACCUUCGGGAAUCGCUUUCUAGGCUGAAGUUUAAAAGAGAAACACUUAAAAAUAUGCUUAUGGAAAAGUUACAGAUUCUCAACACACUUAAAAUAGAGGGCGAAAAAAUACUCAAAGAGACUCUACUGAAAGUUUCAAAAGUUUCAACAUCUGAUGACACUACUAUGUCAGGUGAUGACGUGAAAAAAUACUUACUUGAAACAUGGAAGAUAAGAGAUUUGGAGGAAAAUGAAGUCCGCAAAAUUCAAGAUGAAAUCAAAUUUACGCAGAAUCUUACAAAAGAUGUUGUUUUGGAACUCAAACAAUGGCAAACGUAUUCUGAUGUGACGAAGAAAUCAAAUGAAGUACGUAUCCAAAUGUUAGAAACAGAGUAUACUAAUAUGAAGCAACGUUUCGAAUCGAUGGUAGAAUAUUUGACUGAAGAGAAAAAUCGUAAUUACUUGAAUGUUAAAACAAAUAUUGAGUGUUCUUCGGAGCAUAUUAGGAACUCGGUAAUUGAAAAUGCUAUCGAAACAUUAAAUAAAUUAUUUUCUCAACAAAUGCUCCAAAACAAAUGGUUGAAAAUUGAAAAACAAUCACUUGAUGAAAAGAUGGAACGCAUCAUGAAUGAAAUUGAGAACCUCCAGAGAGAAAACAUCGCUGCUGAAGAAGACAUUUUCCGUGUUAAUUUAACACAUAUGUUGAUACCUUUAUCUUUCUGCGACAUUCAGGUUACUGAUGCAGAUGAUUUACAUAAAAGUACUAUCCUCGACCUAAAACUAGAACAGGAUGUGUUUGGUAUUAAAAGACAUACAGCCUUGGAAAACUUUGAAAAUAAAUCCUACCAAAAUAGAAAACAACUAAAUACUAUAAGCAAAAAAAUACUUUCUUCUAUCUGUAAUCCUGAUCUAAAGAUUCUUCAUAGAUUAAACGAAGAUGAGACGUCAAGUCAAACUGAUGAAUCAGAAAACUUUGCAGCCUUUGGACCACUUGGGAAAAAAGCUUGCUUCCUCCAAGGUCUUUCCGCUAAGAUCGAUCAACAGAGUAACUCAUAUUCAGCUGAGCUUCAAGCCCAACUCAAGUUUAACCCAGAACUCAGCAACUGGCCUGUGAAUAGAGACAUGUUUUUUAAAUAUCUAUCAGAUCACAAAUGA